AUGUCCAAUCAAUUAUCCACCAUUCUUGGCACGACCCUGAUCCUGAUCGGCCAGUUCCAAACGGCCCUCACCACGCCCCCAGCAGCCGCAACCGAAGCCGCAAAAGAUGCCGAAGCCCUGCCCCUCUUGACGGCCUCCUCGAGCGCGCUCAAAGCACAUGUCACGAAACUCUCACUGUUGGCAAUUACCCCGCCCUUCACGCAUUCCGCUGUCAGCACCGUGCUCCGCGAGCUCAAUGAAUCUAUACUGCCGUCCCUCGUGACUGCUUCCCUCCUUGUGACACCGGCGCAAUACACCAAGGCGUUUCACACCGAGGUCUUGAUUCUUGUUAAAACGGCUUUGACAGAGCUUUCCGGGCUGGUUCGGGAGGUCAAGGUCGUUGGAGAGAAGAAAGAUCAGGAGAAGGAUACAGGGAAGGAGAGCGGUGGGACGAAAUCCGAGAAAGAUGCUGUGAUGCUCGCUACGGGCCGUGUUUGGGAUGCGUGUGAUGCUACAACCGACAUUGCGAAUAAGGGAGUUGUUGAGUUUGUCAUUCGCCGCGUUGAGCAGUGGAGGGACCUGGUUCGCGACGCGGUUGAGGAAAUCGAGGAUUGGGAUCCGGAAGAAGAGGACGAUGGUUUCUUUGAUGAUAUUCUCGGUGAUGAGGGGAAGGGUGGAGAUGACGAUGAGGAUGAUGAUGAGGAUGAUGAUGAUGAAGAAGAGACAGCCGCUCUCCAGGAACACAAGAAAUCUACUCUUCGUUUCCUCAAGCCUAUUGCCCAGGUCUACCCAGCUAUCAUCAACAACCGGCUGAAAAAUGCCGGAAGUGCGCCGUUAGCUUCUUCAUCUGGUGUCAAGAAGCUGGAGUCCUUGAUGCUGAAUCUGCAGGCCAUUCCGGACGAUGUCGACGAGGCAGCUGGCGCGUUGUACGAGGCCAAUUUUGAAACCUCCGCUCAGUAUCUCCGGAAGACGAGGAAGUCUGCCACACAAGCGGUGGGGUUGGUCGCGUCACCCUGGGGGGCUGCGGAUGUUAAGGAUGAUGCACCGGCAGACAAGUUCGCUACAUGGUCGAAUACCUGGCUCAAGGUGAUUGACGAGGUCAGCAAGUCAAUUGAAACAAACUGA